AUGUUCGACCACACACUUUCGACCUACUGCUCCGUGACGGUGAGUCGGCUUGUCGUGCGACGUUGCUGCGUGCGGUCGCACGGUCGGGAGGCGGUCGCACAAGAGGAGGUCAACUUGACCUGGCGGCGCUCACCUUGCGACGUGGGCAAUCCUGAUGAACUGACGCUACCAUAUGUUUGCUCAUCUGCACUAGAUUGAUUUCGCCCCUCCUCCAAGCAUGGACCUGUUCCGAGCUGGUGAGGAGGCUUGUUCGAAACGCAAUCCGACUGUUGAACGGGGACCUGGACGUGUGGGGGGAAGGUGGGUGCUCGACCUUGAUUCAGCCUUCCGAGCGGCGGCGACUGACCCGUUUGCCACUCUCGGACUUGUGCUACAGACAUGGGAGAGGGAGUGAUGGGUUGUGGGCCGUCUGUUGUGGAUGUCAGGAUUGGAGGGGGUUCAUUGCCGGUGAAGCUCACAAGAUGUCGAAGUAUGGUGAGUCAGCUCGUGCGACGUUCACCUCUCGCUCGUCGGUCGGUCGCACAGGGGGGUUCACUCCCUCGGCCUCGGCCAGGCUCGCUCCAUCAUCAUGCAUCACCAUGAUUCAUCGUGCUGA